AUGGCCCUGGACGGCGAGAGGGGGGAACAAGAGGAGGAGAAGAAAAAGAAGAAGAAGAAAAAGAAGAGGAAGAAGAGGAAGGAGGAGGAGGCGGGGGCUAAGAAGAGCAGCUCACCCUUCGCGGCCACGAUGGGGGAGAACGACGCCGCGCUCCGGGCCGGAGGCAGGGGGCUCUCGGACCCGUGGGCGGACUCCGUGGGGGUGCGACCCCGCACCACCGAGCGCCACAUCACGGUGCACAAGCGGCUCGUGCUGGCCUUCGCCGUGUCCAUCGUGGCGCUGCUGGCGGUCACCAUGCUCGCCGUGCUGCUCAGCCUGCGCUUCGACGAGUGUGGGACGAGCGUACCUCCCGGCGCCGACGGCAGCCCCGCCGGCUUCCCAGCGCGCGGCGGCAACGAGAGCCUUCCGGGUUCUGCCCGGCGCAACCAGCACGCUGGCGGGGACUCCUCGCAGCCCGGGGCAGGCGGGGAGGCCGCCCCUGAGACCCCGUCAGCCCGGUCGCCGUCGGAGGAGGAACCGGAGCCGUGGCAGCCGUGGACUCAACUGCGCCUGUCGGGCCACCUCAAGCCGCUGCACUACAAUCUGAUGCUCACCGCCUUCAUGGAGAACUUCACCUUCUCCGGGGAGGUGAACGUGGAGAUCGCGUGCCGGAACGCCACUCGCUACGUCGUGCUGCACGCCUCCCGGGUGGCGGUCGAGAAGGUGCAGGUGGCCGAGGACCGGGUGGCCGGGGCGGUCCCGGUGGCCGGCUUUUUCCUCUACCCGCAAACCCAGGUCUUGGUGGUGGUGCUGAAUAGGACCCUGGACGCGCAGAGGAAUUACAAUCUGAAGAUCAUCUACAACGCCUUGAUCGAGAACGAGCUCCUGGGCUUCUUCCGCAGUUCCUACGUGCUCCACGGGGAGAGAAGAUUCCUUGGUGUUACUCAGUUUUCACCUACACAUGCCAGAAAGGCAUUUCCUUGUUUUGAUGAGCCGAUCUACAAGGCUACUUUCAAAAUCAGCAUCAAGCAUCAAGCAACCUAUUUAUCUUUAUCCAAUAUGCCAGUGGAAACUUCCGUGUUUGAGGAAGAUGGAUGGGUUACAGAUCACUUUUCACAGACCCCUCUCAUGUCCACGUAUUAUUUAGCCUGGGCAAUUUGCAACUUCACAUACAGAGAAACUACCACCAAGAGUGGGGUUGUAGUACGCUUAUAUGCAAGACCCGAUGCUAUCAGAAGAGGAUCCGGGGACUACGCCCUCCAUAUAACAAAGAGGUUAAUAGAAUUUUAUGAAGAGUACUUUAAAGUGCCCUAUUCCUUGCCAAAACUAGAUCUUUUAGCUGUGCCUAAGCAUCCGUAUGCUGCUAUGGAGAACUGGGGACUAAGUAUUUUUGUGGAACAAAGAAUACUGCUGGAUCCCAGUGUUUCAUCUAUUUCUUAUUUGCUGGAUGUCACCAUGGUCAUUGUUCAUGAGAUAUGUCACCAGUGGUUUGGUGACCUCGUGACUCCUGUGUGGUGGGAAGAUGUGUGGCUGAAGGAGGGAUUUGCUCACUACUUUGAGUUUGUUGGUACAGACUACCUCUACCCUGGCUGGAACAUGGAAAAACAGAGGUUUCUGACGGAUGUUCUACAUGAAGUGAUGCUGCUUGACGGCCUGGCCAGUUCCCAUCCAGUAUCACAGGAAGUGCUACGGGCAACAGAUAUUGACAGGGUGUUUGACUGGAUCGCAUAUAAAAAGGGUGCAGCUUUAAUUAGAAUGCUGGCUAAUUUUAUGGGCCAUUCAGUAUUUCAGAGGGGUUUGCAAGAUUACUUAACUAUUCACAAGUAUGGCAAUGCAGCCAGAAAUGAUCUGUGGAAUACACUAUCAGAGGCUUUAAAAAGGAAUGGAAAAUAUGUAAAUAUACAAGAAGUAAUGGAUCAGUGGACACUCCAGAUGGGUUAUCCUGUUAUCACCAUCUUGGGAAAUACAACAGCAGAAAAUAGAAUAAUAAUUACCCAACAACAUUUUAUUUAUGAUAUCAGUGCUAAAACUAAAGCACAUGAACCUCGAAAUAACAGUUACCUGUGGCAGGUUCCAUUAACUCUUGUGGUAGGCAAUAGAAGCCAUGUGUCUUCAGAAGCAAUUAUUUGGGUGUCUAACAAAUCAGAACACCACAGAAUAACUUCUUUGGACAAAGGGAGCUGGUUGCUGGGAAACAUCAAUCAAACUGGCUAUUUUAGAGUCAACUAUGAUUUAAGGAAUUGGAGAUUAUUAAUUGAUCAGUUAAUCAGGAACCAUGAGGUUCUCUCUGUCAGUAACCGAGCAGGUUUGAUCGACGAUGCCUUCAGCCUAGCCAGAGCUGGCUAUUUGCCUCAGAAUAUUCCCCUGGAGAUUAUCAAAUACCUGUCUGAGGAGAAGGAUUUUCUUCCUUGGCAUGCUGCCAGCCGAGCUCUUUAUCCUCUAGAUAAAUUACUGGACCGCAUGGAGAAAUACAAUGUCUUCAAUGAAUAUAUUUUAAAGCAAGUUGCAACAACGUACAUCAAGCUUGGUUGGCCAAAAAACAAUUUUAAUGGAUCUCUUGUUCAAGCAUCCUACCAACAUGAAGAGCUACGUAGAGAAGUUAUAAUGCUGGCAUGCAGUUUUGGCAACAAGCACUGUCACCAACAGGCAUCAACGCUUAUUUCAGAUUGGAUUUCCAGCAACAGAAACAGAAUACCACUAAAUGUUAGAGACAUCGUCUACUGUACAGGAGUUUCCCUACUAGAUGAGGAUGUCUGGGAAUUCAUAUGGAUGAAAUUCCACUCCACCACGGCCGUUUCUGAAAAGAAAAUAUUAUUGGAAGCCUUAACUUGCAGUGAUGACAGGAAUUUACUAAAUAGGCUCCUAAAUCUAUCACUGAAUUCUGAAGUGGUGUUGGAUCAAGAUGCAAUUGAUGUAAUAAUCCACGUAGCUCGAAAUCCACAUGGCCGAGACCUUGCCUGGAAGUUUUUUAGAGAUAAAUGGAAGAUAUUAAAUACCAGGUAUGGAGAAGCAUUAUUUAUGAAUUCCAAACUUAUCAGUGGAGUUACAGAAUUUCUUAAUACUGAAGGUGAACUGAAAGAGCUAAAGAACUUCAUGAAGAGCUAUGAUGGAGUUGCUGCUGCCUCUUUCUCAAGAGCCGUGGAAACUGUCGAAGCCAAUGUACGCUGGAAAAUGCUUUAUCAAGAUGAGCUUUUCCAAUGGUUAGGAAAAGCUCUGAGACACUAA